AUGUCCGCGACCGAGAAGCCGUCCGUCGUGAUCAUCGGCGGCCUAGGCUUCAUCGGCCGUCACCUGGCGCUCUACAUCCACCAGCAUAACCUCGCCUCCGAAGUGCGAUUAGUCGACAAGCUGCUCCCCCAGCUGGCCUGGUUGGCCCCCGAGUUCACCGAGGCAUGCUCGCAAGACAAGUUUGUGCAGGCUGAUGCUAGCCGUGAACAAUCGUUUCCACGGAUCUUCGAUAGGGCCAAUGGCGCUCAAUUCGACUACGUAAUUGACUGUGGAGGUGAAACCCGCUUUUCUGAAUCCGACGAUGUCUAUCGGCUACGGACCCAUGCCCCCUCUCUCGCGAUCGGACACGAAUGCGCCCGGCGCGGCAUACGCACUCUCGUCCAGUGUUCUACGGCCACUGUGUAUAAGCCAGAGGCGAAGCUGCACAAGGAAAGCGACAAGACGAAACCCUCGUUGAAAUUUUCAAAAUGGAAACUUGCUCUAGAGGAUGACUUGAAAAAGAUACCGGGCUUGAACCUUUGCAUUUUGAGGUUUCCUCGUGUGUAUGGCGAAUAUGAUACUGGGUUUUUGACACCAGCUAUUUGCCUUGGAAGGGUAUACAAAGAACUAGAGAAACCGAUGACCUUCCUCUACUCCAAAGAUCAGGUCAUGCAUACUGUUUACGUUAAAGAUGCCGCCCGUGCUCUCUGGACGGCGGCGGAAUGGCGCGCGAGCAAAGGUUCCAUUACGAACAACCAAAACCCUCCGUUCCCUAUCACAUUUAAUAUUGUCGACCACAACAACACGACGAAGGGUCAUUUGACUGACGCUUUAAGCCGGGUCUUUGGCAUUGAGUGCGAAUUUUUAGGAACAUUAAUGACCCAAUUUGCCAAGCUAAACCAAGAUGAGAUUGUCGAUGAAAUGAACGAGGAGAGCCUCGAAACCUGGGCCGAGUUGCUACAAAAGAAUGGAGUUACGCGGCCCGGCCCAAUCAGCCCGUUUGUCGACAAGGACCUGCUCCGUGAUGUCGACGUUUGCGCCGACGGGUCUUUAUUUGAGCAGACCACUGGUUUCACAUAUGAGACUCCCGCUCUCUCUCCCGACUGGCUGGAAAAUAUUAUUACCAGCUACAAACGAAUGAAUUGGUGGCCCUAG